AUGGCGCCAUAUCUGGACUCAACAAAUGGAAAAGACACUGCAACACCUGAAGAGAAACCCAACAUCUAUCUAUUGGAAGAGUUCCCUGCAGAAGCGGUACGAUACUGCCAGGAGAGGUUCCGCACCGUCCUGCCCACCGAUCCCGAAGUGCACAACUGGCGCGAGAAUGCAGAAUCCAUCCUGGUACGAGAACUGACCAUUACCGCGCACGACAUAGCCUCCGCACGCAAACUCCGCGCUGUUGGCAAGCAAGGAACGGGCAUUGACAUCAUCGACAAGGCGGCAUGCGACGAGCGGUCGAUUCCAAUCUUGAACACGCCCGGGGUCAAUGCUCUGUCCGUCGCCGAGCUCGUCUUGUCGCUGGUCAUGGCCGUCAAGCGCCAGCUGCGGCCGAUAAGCACCAGACAGGCCGCGGGGCUCGAGGUGCGCAAGGAGCACUGCUCGGGCAGCAUGAUGACGGGGAAGCCGAUUGGCGUUCUCGGCAUGGGCGCCAUUGGCACCUUGGUCGCGCGCAUGUUCCAGGCCGCGUUCGCCUGUCCGGUAUUUGCGUACGACCCCUUUGCGCCCGCGGAUGCUUGGCCGGAUAUCCAACAUGCGCGCGUGCACAGUCUCGACGAGCUGCUCCCGCACGUCGACAUGGUGACGCUGCACAUCCCGCUCAACUCGGAGACGCGCGGACUCAUUGGCCUGCCUCAGUUCCGGCUCAUGAGAAAGGACGCCGUGGUGAUCAACGUCGCUCGGGGCGGCAUUAUUAACGAGGCAGACUUGCUGCAGGCUAUGGAACAGGGUCUCAUUGCUGGCGCCGGCUUGGACUGCCACGAGCAAGAGCCGCCGACGCUGGAACAGUAUGGAAGACUGUGGGAUACGGGCAAAGUCAUCAGUACACCUCAUAUCGGCGCCACGACCGUCGAGACUCAGAGCAAAACGGCCAUUGCAGCCAUGGACCGGGUGUAUGCACACUUGAGACCGUAG